GGGAUACACGCACUUUUUUUUUUUAAUUGUUCUCUAUGAAAGUUCCGAGAAAAAGAUUUGACUAAUCAUCAACAGCCUUAUAAGUUCUUAACUAAGACAUGGCAGUGAACACCCCCUUGUGCGUCUAUUGAGCUAGCCCUCCCAUGGAUUCUCACACCCAUGGAACACCUCAUUUUCUUCUCUUCCCUUUCAUGGCACAAGGCCAUAUGAUCCCCAUGAUCGACCUAGCCAAGUUUCUAGCUCGCCGUGGAGCCAUUGUCACCAUCGUCACCACUCCUCUCAACUCUGCUCGCUUCCACUCUGUUCUCACUCGCGCCAUUGAUUCCGGCCAUCAAAUCCAUGUCCGUGAACUCCAAUUCCCUAGCCACCAAGAAACCGGCCUCCCAGAAGGCUGCGAGAAUGUCGACUUGCUACCUUCACUUGCUUCCAUAUCCCAAUUCUACAGAGCUAUCAGUCUCCUUCACCAACCAUCGGAAAAGUUGUUCGAACAACUCACCCCUCGUCCCAAUUGCAUCAUCUCCGACAUGUGCAUCCCUUGGACUUUCGAUAUUUCUCAGAAAUUCCACGUCCCCAGACUCGUUUUCUACAGUUUAAGCUGUUUCUUCCUGCUCUGCAUGCGGAGUUUAACCACUAACUAUGAAUUUCUGAACUCCAACCCUGAUUCCGAAUUCCUGACUUUACCAGGCCUCCCUUCUCAAGUUGAGUUUCGCAGGUCCCAGAUCUUUACAUCCACCGAUGAUUACUUAAUCCAAUAUAGUUUCAGAAUGUGGGAGGUUGAUCGGCAAUCGUAUGGCGUAAUUGUAAAUGUGUUUGAAGAAAUGGAGCCAGAGCAUGUAACAGAGUAUAUAAAAGGAAGAGAAUCCCCUGAAAAAGUAUGGUGCGUUGGUCCUCUUUCACUUUCCAACGACAACGAGCUUGACAAAGCCGAAAGAGGAAACAAAGCGAUAAUCGACGGCCAUGAAUGCAUCAAAUGGAUGGACGAACAGAAGCCGUCGUCGGUGGUUUACGUGUCAUUAGGAAGUCUCUGCAAUCUGUGUACAGAGCAAAUCAAAGAGCUGGGAUUGGGAUUGGUGGCAUCGAACAAACCAUUCAUUUGGGUGAUAAGAAAAGCAAAUCUGACCGAAGCUCUAGUCAAAUGGAUGGAUGAAUAUGAAUUCGAGGAGAAAACAAAAGGGCGUGGGUUAGUGAUACGUGGAUGGGCUCCACAAGUUCUGAUACUCUCGCACUCUGCAAUUGGGUGCUUCUUGACACAUUGUGGAUGGAAUUCAAGCGUUGAAGGGAUAUCCGCAGGGGUGCCGAUGAUCACAUGGCCAUUGUUUGCAGAUCAACUGUACAACCACAAGUUCAUCGUGGAGAUACUGAAAGUGGGUGUGAGUGUUGGAGAGGGAACAGUUGGAGAUUUGGGAGGUGUGCAAAAGGUAGUGGUGAAGAGGGAGAAAGUGAAGGAAGCCAUUGAAAUGGUGAUGGAUGGAGAUGGAAGUGAAGAAAGGAGAAAGAGAUGUAAAGAGUACGGUGAGAAGGCGAAGAAGGCGGCAGAAGAAGGAGGUUCAUCUCAUCGGAAUCUGAAUCGGCUAGUUGAAGAUAUUACUGCUCAUGCCUUUGCCUGUGGUAAUGGAAAUGGAAGCUGCUGAUGUGAAUUCUUAGUCACGUCGUUUCAAACAUAGGACCCAUUGCAUAAAAUAGUUAUAAGAAUUUGGAACAAAGAAUAUCAUUGGUCCCAAAUUGAGAGAUACGUUUUACUCUUUCCAUAACUUUUGAACGAACUAGGGAUUAAGAAGGCCUUCGAUUUUAUUUACACCUAUGUGAAGAAUAAAUAAAGUAUUUUUUUAUAUAAUGGUUAUCAUGUAAAUUUAUUUA